AUGAAAUCGUCAAAAUUGAAUCCAGUCACAACCCAUAAGGAGUUCAAUGGUAUUUCUGGGGCGCUAGGUAUAACAAUUGGAUUGCCUACCCUCACUGUAUUGUUCUAUUUGUUGUGCAACCAAACGUAUUCGAUUCAUGGAAUCAAUGUCGAUUUCGCCAAAAUUAAAAGUCAAUUACCAAUCACUCAAGAUGAAUUAUGGCAGCUAGUAUUUGAUAAAACAUGCUGGCUGGCCUAUUUAGCUUGGUUUUUCAUUUUGGUCAUUUUAGAUUACUUGUUACCUGGCAAGUCAUUAAAUGGAGUGAAAUUAAGAGAUGGCACUGUUUUAAAUUAUAAAAUCAAUGGUUUGAGCAUGAGUUCCUUAUUAAUUGUUUUGCUAUUGGCACGGUUAUUCCAACUGAACAGCGACAGCUCUCUUGAAUAUUAUUUACCGGAAUUACAAUUUAUUUACGACAAUCAAUUACAGUUGAUCAUUAUUUGUUUUUUGUUUUCUUUUAUGCUAGCCGUAUUUGUAUACAUAAUUUCGUUUAUUCCGUUAGCCAAACCAAAUGGAAUUGGUACAAAAGAAAGAAUUUUGAGUAUCAAUGGUAAUACUGGAAAUCCAUUUUACGAUUGGUUCAUUGGUCGUGAAUUAAACCCAAGAAUAGGUAGUUGGGACAUAAAAUUGUUUUGUGAGUUACGCCCCGGGAUGUUAUUAUGGUUGUUGAUAAAUUUGAGUUGUUUGCAUUAUCAGUACCAUAAUUUGGGCUACGUAACAGACUCAAUGAUUGUUGUAAACUUACUUCAAGCAUUCUACAUAUUCGAUGGGGUAUUGAACGAAGAAGGUUGUUUGACGAUGAUUGACAUAACCACCGAUGGAUUUGGUUUUAUGCUAAGCUUUGGUGACUUAGCGUGGGUUCCUUGGACUUAUUCUUUACAAGCAAGAUAUUUGAGCAUAAAGGGCAAUGAAGUCAACUUAGGAUGGACAUUAAGUUUGUUGAUCGUUGGAUUACAGGCAUUAGGGUUUUACAUCUUCCGCUCAGCAAAUAAACAAAAAUCAGAUUUUAGACAAGGUAAGUUGCCCCAUUUAAAAAGCAUCCAAACUAAAACUGGCUCAAAAUUGUUGGUGGAAGGCUGGUGGGGCUUGUCUCAACACAUUAAUUAUUUGGGUGACUGGUUGAUUGGAUUAUCUUGGUGUUUGCCUACUGGCUUUCAAACCCCAUUGACCUACUUUUACGUUAUUUACUUUGCUUCCUUGCUAAUCCAUCGUCAAGUAAGAGACGAAAUGAAGUGCAGAGCAAAAUACGGCGAGGAUUGGGAAAAGUACGAAAAGCUAGUUCCUUAUAAAAUAAUUCCUUAUGUAUAUUAA